AUGCCAGCUAAAUUUACACUGUAUUUCCUAGGACUCCACAACAACAAACAACCAAUGUCUUCUUAUCAUCAAGCAGUUGAAGGAGCAGGACAGAGGAAAUGGCAAGGCUCGGUUGCAGCUAUAGUUGAUGCACCAAUACAAAAAGUAUGGAUCAUGGUUUCUCAGACUGAAAAGUUACCUGAAUGGAUGCCAAUGGUGGAAAGGUGCACUGAUUUAGCCGGUAACGAAGGCAUUCCAGGCUAUGUUCGGCUUGUCUCCGGCUUCAUGUUCCCUCAGCAAGAUGGAGAAAGGUCUUGGAUCAAGGAGAUACUAGUUUCCAUGGAUUCAUCAUCAUACAAAUAUGUUUAUAAAAUGGAAGCAAGCAAUGUUGGUCUUGACGGGUCUGUAAAUUCGUUACAACUCGUGGAUUAUGGAGAUGAAUCAACACUAGUUGAUUGGUCGUUCGAGAUUAAUCCUCUCGAAGGAGCUAGCGAGGACACCAUCAUCGAUUUUCUAGGAUUUCUAUACAAAUCUUGCAUUAAUAAGAUUGCUGGUGCUAUAGAAACUACAUCUCAAAAAGGUUGA